AUCCACAAAGGCGCUAGAUGAGAAUAUAGCUAAGUUAUCAAAAAAGAAGAAUUGGCUCACCGCAGUAUUAAAAGUCAUGCUAUCGGGUCCGGACACCUACAGCAAUAGUGAUACGAGUGCCUGAAUGUACACAGCAUGUCAAGAAGUGCGGUUCCUUCUCAAGAGCAGUUGGAUAUGCUGGUGGAAUGCAUGGAGGAGCAGCGAUGGCUUGCGACAGAGCAUGCACGAACAGCCAAUGCCAGGUUCGAAAAUGUCUUCAGAAACGCUAUCACCAAAUUCAAUACACAUGAUGGAAUAUUUACAAUCAAUGUUUGAUGAGGCAGUUAAGACAGCGUAUGUAUUAUGCAUCGAUGAUGAGCUUCCCUCGAAUGAAAAUAGUAAUAAUGAAAAGGCAAAUGCACAGCCACGAUUAAUCCCGUACACCCCUCCACCAGGUAAUUCCAUUAACAGUACUCUCGAAACUGAAGGCAACACUGGACCAUAUGAGUUAAACUCGAUUGAAAAAACAAAAAAUGGUUAUACCAAAAAAUAUUCAAUCAAGAUUAAUACAGAAAAAUCAAAAAAAAUCAUGUGUAAGGACUUCAUUCGAGGAAUUUGCAGAAGGGGAAAUGAUUGUAUUUAUUCCCAUGAACUAGAUUUAAAACAACUGAAUGGAGUCUACAAGUUUUGUCGCGAUUAUGUAAAAGGAAAUUGUUACAGAAAGUUUUGUAUUUUCGUUCAUGCUACCAUAUUUGAGAGAGAAAAUUACUUUAGAACUGGUUUUUUGCCACCUCAUACUCUGAGACACUUGAAAGAAAGAAAUGUAAGGCGCCCGUAAUGUAUUCGAGUAGGUCCAUCGCGUGAAAAUAUAGAGUCUGUAUAUGCAAAGAUACCUUCUGAUUUAUACGCAUGGUAUAUAAAAUUCUAAAUAUACAUUAAUAUAGCUUCAUCGACCACCGUACUAAAACAUAAAACCUAUUGUAUAGGUAUUAAUUA